AUGCCGCCCUCCAAGGCUGCCGGCGCAACGGCCAAGAAGCAGCGGUUGACGCUGGCCCAGCUCGCCGCUUACGACGACAUCCUCACCGAUGCGCUCGUCGACCAUGCUUUUUAUUGGGCCACUGUUCCCAAGAACCGCUCGUCAUAUCACCCGUCUCGGGGCAUCCGGGAGGGCGAGGUCGCCAAGAUUAUCCAGGAAGAAGUCAUUGUCAACAAGGAUCUCGAGGCGGCCGAGAAGCGCCUCUUGACGUCGGUCGACGGCCUCAAGAGGUUCGUCGGAGGCCUGAAGAUGGAAAAGGAGCGGACCGACUUUGUGCAACACCUGCGACGAUAUCUGCGCAUCUACAUGCCCGAUUGCCCCUGGGAGGUGAGCACCACCAACCGGUACACGAUUGUGACGCACGAGGCCUGUGUCAUUGCCCGACGAUACAUCAAGCGCAACGAGACCAUCAAGUACCUCUCCGGCAUCCAGAUCAACAUCACGCCCGAGGAGGAAAAGGAAAUCACGGUGCGCAAGAAGGACUUCAGCAUCGUCGUCAGCUCGAGGAAGAAAUGCACCAGCUUGUUCAUGGGGCCAGCGCGAUUCGCCAACCACGACUGUCGCGCAAACGCGCGGCUCAUGACCACGAGCCAGUCCACCAUUGAGAUUGUCGCGUCACGGCCCAUUGACGUGGGCGAGGAGAUUACAGUCACGUACAGCGACUGCUACUUUGGCGACAACAACUGCGAGUGCCUGUGCCGAACCUGCGAGAAGGAGCUGAGGAAUGGCUGGGCGCCCGCGGAUGGAGCGGUGAAUGUCAAGGUCAGCGUGGAGGAGGACGAGCCGAAAGAGACGUACUCUCUGCGGAGAAGACGGCGAGACGAUAGCAUCGGCGGCUCCUCGCGGACGCCUUCCGUGACGCCCGACAUGCGACCGCGCAUCUACAAGACGAAGCCCAAGACGAAGAUGCGAGACGCUCAGGAGACGUCUGCCAUCCCGACUCCGGCGCCAGAGGGAACACCGCGCGGGCGGAAGCGAACCAUGGAUGCCAUUGCGACACCGCCGAUCACACCAGCCAAGAGACCCAAGUUCCUGUCCGAAUCAUCAGCCACGUCAUCGAAUUCCCUCUCGCUACCUAGCAGAGUCGCGAGCGGUGAGGAUUCGCUGAGCACCAGGAGUGCGACUCCGAGGGACGCGGAUGCUCCAGAGACGACAAUUGCGUCCCCAGAAAAGGAAAGCCCGCAGCCCGAGAUACAGACAGAGACGCCGCCGAGCUCCUUUACAACAGAUACUUUAGACGAGACGAAUUUAGACGAGACGAAGAUGCUGCCAGAGAUUAAAGUCGAGAGCGAGAUUGUUGUGAAAACGAAGAUUGAGAGUGAGCCUGAAGCCGAAGCCGAAGCCGAGGUUGAAGCAGCGGUUGAAGCAGAGGCCGAAUCAACAAUAGAGGUCGCGACGACCAUUACUGAGAAGCCGAAACGCCGCAAACGACAGGACGCGGCCCCCAAGCAAACAGCACCCCCUCCAGCUCGGACACGCACACCGGGCGACUACGUGCUGACGCCUUUACUUCUUUCUGAGCCCGACAUGGCCUGGAUUCAGUGUACCAUCUGCAGCAACUACUUUGUCCAGCAAAACGCCUACUUCACACGGUCGUCCUGUCCGAGAUGCGAGCGACACUCCAAGUUGUAUGGCUAUGUGUGGCCCAAGACGGACAAGACGGGGCCCAUGGACAAGGAAGAGCGAAUCCUCGACCACCGGAUGAUUCACCGGUUCCUCGACUCCAACGACGAGCGGCGGGCGAGAGGCCGGAAACUGCUCAGCGCGAGUAAAGAUACCGAAGAAGCGGACGGAGAGAGGGGCAGGGCGCCUAGGAGAGGGUCCAACAAGGCAGGCGACGAGGGCCAGAAGGAAGAGACUUCGAGAGUUCGGCGUAGUGGCCGCGCGAGGCGGAUGAGCAGCAAGCUUGCAGAGUGGUAAUGUAUUGGCUAUAUUUGGACUGUAUCGUGUACGAUGGGCAGCAGCGCAGGCGACAUUUAUGCCGCUUGCCCCGGGCGUUUUGAUACUUUGACAGGCGAUGGAUGAGAUGAUUCGACGUAGGUGCGCGUUUGGCGUCAUGAGUGAG